AUGAAGGUAGCCGCCAAAAAACGGACAACGGGGAGAAUACGAAAAGAUCGUGCUGCUACAGCAUCACCAUCAAGUGAUGUUGAAAACGCUGGACAUUUGAUUGCAUCGAACCCUGGAAGGAUGACACCGGCAAAAAAUACGAGAAGCAGCAGAAAAUGCACGGUCGCGAAAGAUAUCUCGAGUCACAAAAUCACAGAGUUCUUCCAAGUGAGACGAAGUUGUCGUAAAACGAGUAAACAGAUCAACGAAGAGGCAAAAAAUGCUCUUCGUGAUAUGGUCCUGAAAGGAAGCAACGAGCGACUUCUGGAGGUUUACAAAGACGUCGUGAAAGGGCGAGGAAUUCGUACAAAAAUUAAUUUCGAUAAAGGAGAUUUUGUUGUAGAAUACAGAGGUGUGAUGAUGGAGUACUCAGAAGCUAAAGUCAUUGAGGAACAAUACUCGAACGACGAAGAAAUCGGGUCAUACAUGUAUUUCUUCGAGCAUAACAACAAGAAAUGGUGUAUCGAUGCUACAAAAGAAUCACCAUGGAAAGGAAGAUUAAUAAAUCACUCUGUUUUGAGACCGAAUCUCAAGACGAAGGUGGUUGAAAUCGAUGGAUCUCAUCAUCUGAUUCUUGUCGCGAACCGGCCGAUCGCUCAAGGGGAGGAACUACUCUAUGAUUACGGAGAUCGUUCUGCAGAGACGAUCGCCAAGAACCCAUGGCUUGUGAACACAUAA